AAUGAGUCUGGAGGCAUCUAUAAUUACUUCUGAAACGGCUGAUGAAACCGGCUUAAAGUUUGUUGAAUUAUUUUACGAAGCAAUGGAUCGGCAGCGUCAUAAUCUGAAUAAAUUCUUUUUACCGAUGUCUGAAAUGGUAUGGUCAGGAGAGAAGGUGACGGGGGAUAAUAUUAGUAAAUAUUUUGAAAAAUUUCCAACUUCCAAGCACAACGUUGAAUGCGUCGAUGCACAACCGAUAACAUGUGCAGCCGAAAGAUCAGGGAAACCCUCUACGAUCGUUUCUGUUAGUGGAACUGUCAGUUUUAAUGAUGAUAAAUUAAAACUCUUCAGUUCUCAGUUUAUAUUAAUUGCUGAAAACAACACUUGGAAAGUUUUGAACUCUUCUAUUAGACUCUUUGAUUAA